AUGCUGCACAAAGACUUCCCUUCCCUUUCGUCCGAAAACGAAAAAGAGCUCGUUGAGAGACUCUCCCAGUGGUCGUUGGCCAACGGGCUUGUCAUGUACCCGCCCAAUUGGCAACUUCACUCUGCCAAUAAUGCUCCUAUCACCAUGUUCCCUACCCCAUUUCCAAAGGACUUGUUUGAGAAUGCCAUGAAGGUGCAGACGACAUUUAACAAGUUAUAUGCGAAUGUUGUUUCUCAUGAGAAGAUCUGGCUUGUGGAUUUGAUUAAGAGUUUGGCGGUGUUUGAUAAGGAAUUCACUGGCCAGUUGUAUGAGACGUAUAAGAAGGCUGUGGAGGCCAGUGAUGGUGAAUUGCCCCAGCCAUUGAGUUUGGGUGUGUUCCGUUCGGAUUACAUGUAUAAUCAGACCGACCAUUCGGUGAAGCAGAUUGAGUUUAAUACGGUGAGUAUCUCCUUUGGCGGCUUGUCUACGAAGGUGGGUGCUGCUCAUAAUUACUUGAACAAGAGUGGUGUUUACGAUGAUGACUACUCGUUGAAAUACUACCAGCCUGGGGAAUUGCCGGUUUCGGAUUCGAUCAACCAGAUCGCUGAAGGUUUGGCACAGGGUAACUACUUCUAUAAUGAUGAAACUGAUAACCAGAAGACGGUGGUACUUUUCGUGGUUCAGCCUGGCGAGCGUAACUGCUUCGACCAGAGGCUCAUCGAGUACGCUUUGCUUGAGAAUCACGGCAUCAAGUCAUAUAGACUGACUUUAGAGGAGAUCAAGGAAAAGACUACCAUUAAUUCUGGUAAAUUAUACAUAAAAGCUACCAUGGAUGAAGUUUCAGUGGUCUACUACCGUUCAGGUUACGCUCCAACUGACUACACUGUCAACCCAGAGAAAACCUGGGACGCUAGACUCCAUUUGGAGGUAUCCAAAGCCAUCAAGUGUCCCUCCUUGCUUACACAACUCUCCGGCUCCAAGAAGGUUCAGCAGGUCUUGACCGACGCAUCUAGAGUGAAGGAGAUACUUGGUGACGUUCCUCAGGAGGAGCUUGACAGCUUGCUUUCUACAUUUGUCAAAAUCCAUCCUUUGGACGAUACAAAAGCAGGCAGAGAAGCAAAGAGAUUAGCUCUUGAGGAGCCUCAGAACUUUGUCUUGAAGCCACAAAGAGAAGGUGGUGGAAACAACGUCUACAAGGAAGAUAUUCCAGGUCACUUGAAGGCGUUGGAUGAAUCUGAAUGGGGUGCCUACGUUUUGAUGGAACUCAUUCAUCCACCUACUCACAAGAACAAGAUCAUUAAGGACGGACAAAUCUACCGCGAGGAUAUCAUUUCAGAACUAGGUAUCUUCGGCACCUUGGUCUUCAAUGAAGAAACUGGUGAGAUCAAGUCAAACGAGAACGCCGGCUUCUUGUUGAGAUCUAAAUUCAGCUCCAGUGACGAGGGCGGCGUAGCGGCUGGGUUCGGUUGUGUUGACACUGUGUACUUGUACUAA